AUGGCGAACAAGUUUGGAUUAGGUUCUUUAUCUUUAGAAACUAAAAAACCUAACACUACAACGUGGAUAAAUAAAGCAAAACCGUACUUCGUGGAUCAAAUUGGAGACACACUUCAAGGUGAUUUAGAUAUGAACAAUUUUACCAUAACUAAUUUAAAGUCUCCGGAAAACGAUAAUGACGCCGUUCACAAGAAAUAUUUACGGGAACAAAUAAAUUCAAUUGAAGUAAAUAAAAACCAUUUAGAAGAUAAAAUAAGUAAUGUGAAAAUUAAAAAUUUUGUUAAUGAUACUAAACUACAACAAGAGGUAAAAGUUGAUUCAAUAGUCUUCAGACAAAACUCACGUAUGUCUAAUAAAAAAUCUAACGCUCGUAAAGUUCUUCAGUUUAUCAAUGGUACAAAAAAUGUAGAAACUAAAGAAUUAGAAAUUAACAAUGAAAACAGCAAGCUUCUUCACUUAUAUGAAAUUAAAACGAGUGGAAAAUAUAUAGAUAGGUUUAAAAUGUUAAUCAUACCAGAUAAUGAAGAAGAUGAACUUAUGUUGAGUAAUUUUGAUAUGUUAUUGGAAACGGAAACUCCACCAUCAGCAAGUAUUAUUAGAAAUCCAAAACCACAAAAAGAACUAAUCAAUUAUCAGUUUUUACGAGCAACAUACUUUGAAUACGUAAAACUAUAUUUUGUUGAUAAUGAUAUAUUAACCUCAAUCGAUAUUCAUAAAAGUCAACAACAACAAAAUGUUUUGAUACCAAUAAAAAGAGAUGAUGCAUCUGUUGAUAUGAAUUUAAAUAUUAGUAAACCAAAAUUUUCAGUUCAUCUGAAUAAGGUUAAUGAUUUGAAAGAACAAAUAUUCUUAGUAAAUAUGCGAAUUUUUAGUAAAGUAGCUUUAUCAGAAAGACAAGAACAUAACAGUUGA